UAAAAAUUAAAUAAAUAUGUAAGCAUUAAAUAACAAAUCUGAUCCUUAUCAUGCUCUUUAUAAAAAGAGACAAUAUGGCAACCCUUACCUACUAUGUCUUUGGGGCGAGGGGUUAACAGGGACAAGAUUGACAUUCGCAGACCUGUGACGCCUCUCUCUGUCCAAGAGUAGAGACAGAGUGAUACCAAACCAGCGACCACAAAGGCCUGUAGAGCGAAGAGAAGAAAUUGAGUAGAAAUUAAGAUAAGAUGCGUUAUUCAAAGUUUUGUCUCGCUUUCAAUAGAAAAUCUUUAACAUAGAUCUACAAUUUACGGUGAAUCGCGUAUAUUCCAAAAUAUGUAAAUAUCUACUAAAUCCUACUUUUCACUUUAUCUCACAAUUUUCACAAAAUAACGAGAAAGCCACAUAUCUUUAUGGUCACCAUUGGAAUUUAUAUAAUUUAGGCUUCUUAUCGAAACAAAGGGAACUAUAUCUCAAUCCAAAUUCAAAAGUGUUAGGAUUAGUAACUUGCAGUUCACAUAUAUUGCCACCAAGUCUUUGAAUAGUUUUCCAAGCAGAGGGAUGAAGAGUUAAAACAAGUAAAGCAGCAUCUUGUUUGUAACUGCUCCGGUCGCCUGUUUGUAAUUGCUAAUUAAGUUUUCAGUGUGGUAUAAAAGCGUAAACAAUGUUGAGGAAGGCAUAAGCAACCAGCCUCUCUCGGUGGCGCAACUUGUUACAGCAACAAACCACGAUGUACCGUCUUACGAUCUUCUUUGUCGUCGCCGUGGCGUCCGGAGUUCUUGGAGAUGGGCAUGGACUGGGCGGUGGAGCAAUUGUCGGCGGCUUUGCACCAGCUGGCAUCAUCGCCGGGCCUGCCGUAGUAGCGGCCCCCGCCACCGCCGUAGUGGCUGCUCCUGCCACGGCUGUGGUAGGUGGCGCCGGGCUUGGCAGCGGCACAGCCCUGAACAACGCGGCCGCCGUUGGUGUUGCCCAGCUCAGUGCGCUGCAGAACGCCCAGGCCGUGCAGGCUGCACAGAUCGCUAACGCUGCCGCCGCCGGCAUCCAGGCCGCCCGCGCCGCUGAGGCCGACGCUCGCGCCCGACAGGCCAAUGCCAUUCAAAACGCCCAGGCCCUAGACGCAGCCCGCGUCGCUAGCCUGCAGCGUGCCCAGGCCGCCGCCCUUGAGAACGCCAGGGCUACGGAGGCAGCGAGACGAGCGGCUGCCGCGGCCGGACUGGAAUUAGCCCGCGCAGCGGAAGCUGACCGCGUCGCUAACGCAGCACGUGUGCAAGCCAUCGCUUAUGCUAACACCAGAGCAGUGGAAGCCUCCCGUAUCGCCAAUGCCGCGCGCGCUCAGUCUGCUGCGGUGGCUACGAGUGCGGCGCAGGCGCAGGCAGUGGCCGACGCCGUAGCUAGAAACGCUCAGGACGGCGUGGUCCUAGGCGGCGGCAAUGCAGCCGUGGUGGGUGUGGCACCGGCUGCCGCGGGUAUCGUGGUGGAAUCUUCGGGACUGGGCGGCUAUGCCGGCGGCUGGGGUCACGGCGGCGCCAGCUGGCACGGUGGUGCUGUGCUGGUAGGCAAACACUAGAUGGACACAGGUCCGUACGUAAUGAUAGAAAAAGUAUAAGAUUUCUACAUCCAUUUCUUAACUUCUUGUAGAAAUGGUUAGCGGACAAAAUAAGACUGGUUUGUAAA